AUGGCGCUCAGCAAGGAGCAAAGCACAGGCACUGAUCAGCAGGCUGUGCUGGAUGCUCAGCUCCAGCUUUGGCACCACACCGUCGGCUAUGUCAAGUCCAUGGCACUCAAGGCCGCCCUAGACCUCAGCAUACCGGACGCCAUCCACCAGCAUGGCGGCUCAGCUACCCUCCCACAGAUAGUCACCAAGGUCACACUCCACCCGUCCAAGAUACCAUGCCUGCGACGCCUCAUGCGUGUGCUCACUCUUACCGGCGUCUUCAGCGUCCACGACGGCGGUGAUGAGCCUGUUUACGGGCUCACGCCGGCGUCUCAUCUUCUGAUUGGCUCGGGAAUAAUGAACUUGACUCCAUUUCUGACCUUGAUGCUUGGUACUGUUUUUGUGUCUUCCUUCCUCGACCUCGGCGAGUGGUUCCGGCAAGAGAUGCCGGGUCCGUCCCCGUUCGAGAUGGCGAAUGGACGGGAUAUAUGGGAUCUGUGCAACCACGACGCAAGAUUCGGCAAGCUCUUCGACGACGGGAUGGUCGCAGACAGCGGUUUCAUCAUGGACAUCGUGGUCAAGGAGUGCAGCAACGUCUUCCAAGGGAUUAGCUCCCUUGUCGACGUCGCCGGCGGGCUCGGUGGCGCUACCCAGACCAUCGCAAAGGCGUUCCCGCAUGUGGAGUGCAGCGUGCUGGAUCUCCCACACGUUAUCGCCAGUGCUCCCACUAACACCACCAACGUGAAGUACAUCGCCGGCGACAUGUUUGAGAGCAUUCCGUCGGCAAACGUUGUCUUCCUUAAGUGGAUUAUGCAUGACUGGGGCGAUGCCGAAUGUGUCAAAAUAUUGAAGAACUGCAAGAAGGCUAUAGCAUCUCAAGGAGGAGGGAAGGUAAUAAUAUUGGAUAUGGUGGUUGGAACAGGGUCGUCAUCCGACGAGAAGAAUGUGGAGACGCAAAUAUUGUUUGAUCUCCUUGUGAUGGGUAUAUAUACCAAAGGUGCCGAGCGAGAUGAGCUAGAGUGGAAGAAGAUUAUUUUCGAAGCCGGAUUUAGCCAUUACAAGAUCAUACCUGUUCUAGGUGUUCGAUCGAUAAUCGAGGUCUACCCAUAG